AUGACGCGACGUCCGAACUCUGCCACGCGCCGCAUCGUGCCUCCUGGCGUGGUGGUGCGUCUUCCAAGUGAAUCCACAUUGUCUGCUUUCUGUAGCUGCAGCCUGAACAUCGCGGCACUUUUUCCCGACGGGCUGCCGUCCCCACCGCUGCCGCUUUCUCGGUGUGAACUUCAUGAACUUUUAUUGGCACUUCCGCAACGCCUGCAGAACUCUCCAUGGCGGGUCUGCUACGACACGGAACACGACGGGUUCUCGCUGCAUAAUUUCUACCGUAAGAUGAAGCAGGUUCACGACGAGAAAGAGCUCGGCAUAGGCAUCUUUGUGGUGAGUGAGGGAGUGUCGGAUUCAGUGCCCAUUUCGUCGGUAGGAGGCCUGCUGGGGCCGCAGAGUCGGAGUGGUGUUUCUGCCCUUCCAAGUAGUGUCGUGUUGGGUUGCUUCACGCCAGAGGUGCCGUGCCUGGAGCACUCCCAACACGCCUUCUUUGGAGCACAGGAGACGUUUGUCUUUACAUAUGCCGAUGUGAGCCGCUACGCGUCCGAGGGAAGUUGUGGGGAACCGCAGCACGCGUCUGGCGUGACGCCUGCGCAUUCAUCAUCUGCGGCGAGUGAUGUCAUCGCGAGCCCAAAAAUGGCACGUAAUUUUUCGACACCUUCACUGCAGCCGUCCACAAGAUUAGGUUUCAAUUGCCUUCCUCGCAUUUUGUCCGUGUACCCAUGGACGUUGGAGGAGCAAAACAAGGAGUUUAUUGUAUGCACCAAUAAAUUUUUUGGCAUUGGUGGCGGCCGCGACGGGGCGGCAAUAUUUGUUGAUGCGAGUCUGUCGCAUGGUACCAGUAGUGUUUUUUGCGGAACGUUUGCGUCACCCCCGUUGGGCGGAAGACUGCGAGCGACGCUGCGGCAGUCGGAGUUUACAGUGCUACGAAUGGUUUGGUUCAGGGUGAGGGAUAGGAAAGAGGUCUUCACAUGCAUGGAUCUUCCCAAGCGUGAGCCGUGCGACUGCGGAAGGUUGCUGGAGAGCGAGGACGGGAAUCGUUUGGUACGAGUGCGCUACAGUGGACAUAAGCGUGCCUGGCACAUCUGUAAUUAG